UGGACACCUCGCCCAAGGUUAGAUUGGCGGGGUUCAAGCCACAACGCGUCCCACCGCGACUCACCGAAACAACUUCCCGCCGAUAAUUGACCAGAACGAAGAACCAAGUGAGCGCCGACCAGACCUGAGUUUGGUAAUAUCGUACGAAACAGAGCAAAGCAGAGACAGCUGCAUCAUCACAAUGGAACAGGGGCGGGACUCCACGCUGCUGCAUUCACAGCCGGAGUUGUCGCCGUUGGAGGCCGAGGUGCUGGAAGAGUACGAAAAGUUGGCGGAUAACAUGAAAAAACUUGCUUCAACACUCGAAGACCUGAGCGGCUCGCCGAGCACCGAGAUCCUCGACGGCCUGCGGGAGCUGGAGCGCAAGACGAGCUUGGUAUUUACGCUCCUCAAGGCGAGCGUGUACAGCAUAGUGCUGCAGCAGGAGAUCGAUUGGGGUGACCAAGCCAGGAGCCAGGAGGAGGAGGAGGAGGAGUAGAGGAAGACAAAUACAUGGGAUAACAAGGGUGCAACAUCUAUAUUGAGAGGAGGCAUGCUGCAAUUUGCGGCAGUUUUGUCCGGGCUGCACUGCGAAAUGAAGAUGGAGAGAGUGCACAAAUGCAUGACGAGACUACGAUCAGAGCAGAUACCCCAAAGAAAACAAUUCACGACGCCAAUCACUUUAUGACGUCGAGAUUUAUGUCACUGUUCGCGAGAGCAAGAGGGGCACAGACGGGG